AUGAGCGAACCUUUUACUGCUCUGAGUCAUUGUUGGGGAAAGCCAAUUGACGGGGAUGGGGUAACAUUGAAUACUAUCAACAUUGCCGACUUUAAAAACACCAUCCCGUAUUCCACGCUGCCCAAGAGCUUCCAAGAUGCUAUCAGGAUCACUCGUGCUCUUCAUAUUUCCUAUCUCUGGAUUGAUUCACUCUGCAUCAUUCAAAAUGACGGCAAGGACUGGGAGAGGGAAGCCGGCAGAAUGGAGUACGUGUUCAGCUCGGCAUACUGCACUAUUGCAGCCACGUCUGCUUCCUCAUCAAUGCAGGGGUUUCUGCGCCAGAGAAGGCCGCGAUCUUGUGUCACGGUAAAAACAGACGCCGGCCCGCUAUAUUUAGCUCCAUUCAUCGAUAACUUCAAGAAAGAUGUUGAGGAAGGCGUAUUGAAUUCUCGAGGAUGGGUGCUCCAAGAGAGAGCUUUAUCUCGACGGACCAUACAUUUUACGUCGACUCAAAUGUACUGGGAGUGCGGCGAUGGCAUACAAUGUGAAACACUAGCGCAGCUUCGCAAUCCUCAAUCCCAGAUUAUUGGAGAUGCGGAAUUUCCCAAUUCAGGUCUUCAAUAUUAUAGAGAUGAACGAAUACGUCUCGCUGUUUUAGGUCUAGAGACAAGACUCGCUCAAGCAUUCAAAUCUAUCGCCAAAUACGGUGUUAUCUGGAAAUUCUUCGAGAGAACAAUUCUAUGGCAAGCAGCAGUACCUGGAGAUUUGAAGCGGAUCCAAUAUUCCACGGAGACUCGAGUUCCCACGUGGUCUUGGAUGGCCUAUACUGGAAAUAUUCGGUUUAUAGAUGCACCUUUCGGAUUUGUCACUUGGUUUCCGAGUAUAGACAAUCCAUUUGAAAAGGCAACUAUCUCAAAGGCUUGGGAUGGGUCACUCAUUGCCGAGGCCAACGACUUGGCCAUAGAUGGGCCAGACCUGGGCAAGAGGAUAACUCUUGAUGCUCAAGGGGACUCAUCUGAUACUAGCACUUGGAAAUCUGUUGUUCUUGGGCGGGGGAUAGUCAAAUCGCAAAAAAGCGGCGAAUUGCCGCAUUACGUCAUCUUGAUCAGGCAAGUGUCGUCCGGAAAGGACUUAAAUGACUACGAGAGAGUGGGGGUUGGUGUUCUUGAACGGUCUCAUUUUUCUCUUCUUAGUGUUAGAGUUCGUAUCAUCUAG